UGUUAUGUUGAUCAUCUGAGAGUGUGUUGACAACCCUGACCACAUGUGUACAACCUCCGGGGAUUUCUCUCGGGCAUUUUGUUUUUAAAUUUAAGUGUCUUUUAGUUGAGAUUUAUAUGCAUAUAAGCUCGGUGUAAGUUCUGGAGGCUCUGAGGCAAGUUUAGCUUGUUGGAGAGACGCAUCGCUUUAAAUUUUCACGAGAAAUGAGCAAAAGAAGUUUGUUGGCUGAGAGUGUGGAUGAUUCCAGCUGUGAUGAGAAUGAUGGUGAAACAGAUAAUGAAUAUCCGGAGCAGCAUGAUGAUGAUGAUGAUGAUGAUGAUGAUGACCAUUCAAGCGAGAACCACAGAAACUUCAGUGAAAUGACCAUGGAAGAACUUCUCCAAUUUCAGGAAGAUAUAGGUACAAAAGCAUUCAAGCGGAAAGUUCUGCUAGGGAGGGCUGUGGAGUCCCCCUCAAGCUACAGCUCUGGGGUCAGAGGUGGACCAGGGGAGCCUAAACACAAGAAAUUCAAGCGUCUCAAUAAGAACCGGCCGCGGGAGGUGCCUAUGAUGCAUAGAGCUGCGCCUUGUCUCACUUUCCUCGACCCCAGUCAGAAAAUCAAGAGGAAAGCGAUUCGCGACCCAAGAUUUGACGAUCUGUCUGGGUACUUUAAUUUAGAUGCGUGGAAAAAUAAUUAUAAAUUCCUCAGAGAGACAAGGAGAAAAGAGAAGGAAAUCUUGAUAGAAGAGAUGAAGAAAGAGGGUGACCCUAAUAAGAGGCGAAAGCUAAAAUCCAUAAUACAACGUAUGCAAAACCAGGAAAUUGAACAGUCAAAGAGAGAGAAAGAAAAGGAGAUACUGAAGGAGGAGAAAGAGCAGCAGAAGGGUCUACUAAGAGAAGGCAAGAAACCCAAGUUUAUGACCAGCAAAGAACGCAAACUUUUGCUCAAGGCUGCUCAAUUUGAACAGCUCAAGAAAGAAAAUAAAGUUGAUAAAUAUCUUCAACGAAGGGAGAAAAGAAAGCGGGUAAAGGAACUCAAGAACAAAAGGAAUAUCUAGGUACAGAUGUGUGAGGAGGACUUCGACGAGCAAGAUGAUGAAUGGGCUCUCCUUCCAGAUCAUCACCAAAGAACAGUCCUACAUAUAGACGUUGAUUGUUUCUAUGCUCAGGUGGAGAUGGUUCGCAACCCCAGUUUACGGGACAAGCCUCUUGGGAUCAAACAGAAGAAUUUAAUGGUGACCUGUAACUAUAUGGCAAGGUCUCUUGGGGUUAAAAAGAGUAUGUGGCUGAAGGAAGCAUUAGAGAUUUUGCCCAAUUUGGUUUUAGUUGAUGGCUCUGAUCUCUCUCACUACCGGCAGUUUUCUUCCAAGAUCUCUGCAAUUGCCCAAACAUUCACACCUCAUGUGGAAAGGCUUGGAUUGGAUGAAAAUUUCAUUGAUGUAACUGAUAUUGUAGGUAAUUACUUAUGUGCUCAAAAUGAUAAAAUUGAGGGCCAUGUCUAUGGUGAUAAAGUUCCAAAUGUAGCAUGCCUUGGAGACCAGUGCGGGUGUGGAUGCCGUGAAAGAUUAAUAGCUGGUACUUACAUAGCGAAAGAGCUACGACAGCAGAUACAUGCAACAUUAGGUCUCACAUGCUGUGCUGGCAUAGCCCAUAACAAAUUACUUGCUAAACUUGUUUCUGGCUACCACAAACCCAACCAACAGACUGUUCUAUUUCCAUGGCAAGUUCAUGAUAUUAUGAAUUCCUUGCACUCGGCUAAUAGUAUACCAGGUAUUGGAUAUGCUACUAGUAAAGUACUUGAGGAACUAGGAAUAUUAACUGUACAACAACUUCAGAAUUCUGCAUUUAAAAUACUGACAUCUAAAUUUGAUAAUGAAACAAGCCAAAGAUUAAAAGAUUUGAGCUUGGGAAUAGAUGAAACUCCUGUAAAAAAAAGUGGCCGGCCACAGAGUAUUGGAUUAGAAGAUGCGUUUCAAAAAAUAAUUUCUGUUGCAGAGGUUAGAGAAAAGUAUUACACUUUGUUGGAGAGGCUCCUUAAGUUGCUUGCAGAUGAUGGUCGUAUUCCAUCAUCAAUUAAAGUUUCGGUUCGUAAAUUUAACACUGGUAAAAUGUUUAGACAAAGAGAAACGAAACAAGCUCCACUUUCAUCUUCAUUAUUUACACAGGGUGGUAAAAAUGUGAAUGAAGAUACCAAAUGUACAUUAUUAAAUGUAAUUAUGGGAUUGUUUCAUAAAAUGGUUGAUACAAGUAAGGAUUUUCACCUUACCCUUGUUGGUGUUGGGUUCAACAAAUUUAUUGAGCGGGCACACGAUUCCCAAGCAAUCAGUAAUUUUUUUUCAAAGCGCCCUAGAGAACAAAUUACCAGGCAAAGCCUAGACUAUGAAGAAACUGAUGUUAUGAAACGUAGCAAAUUAUGUCAAGCAUCUAACAACACACAAACUGUAAAUUUAGAAAUAACUCAAAUGAAAUCAUGUGUAAGCAGCAGUGAAAUAACACAGAGCACUUACUCUAUAAAUGAUUCUUCUGAAAAUUUUAAGGAUUCUUUUAAUAACAGAUUGUUGUUUGAAACUAGCAAAAGUUCAACUGAUGUUAAAUACAUAGGUGAUAAAGUGAUGGUAGAUAAGACAAAUGAAAAUGUUUCUGUUAGUGAUACGAGAAAAGAUUUAGUAUUAUCAGAAAAUUGCAAUAUUCCAGAUAAGUUAGUUAAUAAUGAAAAAACUAGCACACAAAAUCCAGAAAAACAUGUGCCUUUCCUGCUACCCAGUGGUAUUGACAGAGAAGUAUUCAUUGCACUCCCUGUUGAACUACAAAGGGAAAUUCUUGAUAAUAGUAAGCAAAACACAAAUGUAAGAACAGAAAAAGUGUUACAGUUCAAACAAGUUAGUCCUAUGAAAAAUAAUUUAAUUAAAAACAAAAAAAUUGAUAAUUAUUUUAAACCACAAGUAAGUGUGAGUACAAUUAGACCAAAUGUUCACAACAAAAAGAAGGGUUCCAGUGUAUCUGUGGAAGAGUUGUGUGGUACAGGUAUCCCAUGUACAGUCAAUGUGCAGGAAAAAGACUGCCAACCUUCAUGCAGCUACACUAUGAAAGAUUCCUCUCAAAUUCAGUGUUCUGGUACAAGUAAUGGGGAAACUAUUUUAAAUAGUAACAGUGACUCAUUUCGUGUGGAAAGUUCACCUCGUAAAUCUUGCAUAACAGUUGAUGAAAUUGAUCCAUCUGUUUUUAAUGCCCUCCCAGAGUGUAUACAAAAUGAAAUUUUUCAAGAACAAGAACUUGCAAAACAAAUAUGUUCAUUCCAACCUAAAAAAACAUUAAUAUGCAGUAACAGAAAAAGAAGGAAUUCAGUUUCAAUUUUGAAAUAUCUUAAGAAACUGUGAUAAUAUAAGAUUUCUGAGGUAUUUAUCACUGUUUAGUACAGUGUUUGACUAUCCAUAUUAAGAAUGAAUUUUUGGCUAGAGGAAAUGUACAGUAUACAGUGGACCCCCAGUUUACGAUAUUAUUUCAUUCCAGAAGUAUGUUCAAGUGCCAGUACUGACUGAAUUUGUUCCCGUAAGGAAUAUUGUGAAUUAGAUUAGUCCAUUUCAAACCCCCAAACAUACACAUACAAACGCACUUACAUAAUUGGUCGCAUUGGGAGCUGAUCGUAAACCGGGGGUCCACUGUAUUUAGAUAAAUAAAAUGUAUAGUAUCUGUAUAUAAUGCAUUAUUGGCUUUUUCAAACCCUCUGUUAUCCCUAAGUUUUCAUUAUUUUUCAUCUUUAUGAGGCUUAGUAUUAGUAUUAUUUUGUGGAUUAUCAGAUCAUCCUGACUGUCCAGUAUCUCUUGAUUGAUUGUCUUGUUCAUCAAGGACUGUAACAAUUUAUUUCAGAUGCCUUUUUCCACAACUUUUUUUUUAAUACUGCACACACAUUGAGUACUAUUGACAAAUGUUCAUUACACUUUUAUUGGUUACUCAUAUUAAGCUCUUUCUUUUUAACAUGCUGUAAUAUAUGUGUACAGUAUAUUUUUUCUAACACUGACCAUCUCCCACCAAGGCAGCAUGACCCAAAAUAAAGAAGAAACAUAUUCA